UAGAGAAAGUCUAUAGGACUACCAAGUCAUACUAAAGGUCUGUUUUCCUUUGCUGAUAGCAAGACAAAUGUUGUGAUAUAAAAAAAACAGAAUCUUCACUUGCUGGUUGGAUUUACAAUUUAAUUUGUAAAUUUAUUACUUGAUUAUGGCAACAAGCACCAAUCUGCAAGGAUUUAAUCUGGAAGAAAACAAAGAUAAUGUGUAUGAAACAGUCCUUGGUGAGAUUAAAUACUUGGAGCUGCCUUUAGGAAUCACUUUAGGAUCUGUGUAUGAUGACCAGCCGAACGCACACCAAAAGUUUAUGGAAAAAUUGGAUGCAUGUAUACGUAAUCAUGACAAAGAGAUUGAAAAAAUGUGCAAUUUUCACCAUCAAGGAUUUGUGGAUGCUAUUACAGAACUUCUUAAAGUAAGGGCUGAUGCUGAGAAACUAAAGGUCCAAGUUACUGAUACAAACAGAAGACUUCAAGAAGCUGGGAAAGAGGUGCUAGCUCAGACAGAAGAAGUCAUCCAGAGUAGAGUUCAGCAGAGGAAUAUUAUGACCGUGGUCGAAAAACUUCAGUUGUGCCUUCCAGUAUUGGAAAUGUACAGCAAAUUAAAAGAGCAGAUGAAUGUCAGAAGAUAUUAUUCUGCUCUAAAAACAAUGGAACAGCUAGAAAACAUAUAUUUCCCUAGAGUUAGUCAGUAUCGGUUUUGCCAAAUCAUGAUGGGGAAUCUUCCAAAGCUUCGUGAGGAAAUUAAAGGGAUUUCCAUGUCAGACCUGAAGGACUUCCUGGAGAGCAUCCGAAAGCAUUCAGAUAAAAUUGGUGAAAUGGCAAUGAAGCAGGCACAGCAGCAAAAAGCUUUUAAUACCACUCUUCAGAAGCAGAGCAAUCUGUGCUGUGGAAUGAAUGUAUACAUAAGCAGCAAUGGAAUUGCAGAAACAAGGAGCGAAAUCGUUUCAAAGCAAACUCUAGAAGACGAAGAAGAACACGAAGAGGAGGUUUUGACUGCUCACGAUCUGGUAGAUUUUUCUCCUGUAUAUAGAUGCCUACAUAUUUAUUCAGUUCUGGGUGAUGCAGAUACAUUUGAAAACUACUAUAGAAAACAGAGGAGGAAACAAGCAAGACUAGUUUUACAGCCACAGUCCAACAUGCAUGAAACAGUAGAAGAUUACAGAAGAUACUUCAGUCAAAUUGUAGGUUUUUUUGUCGUGGAGGAUCACAUUUUACAUGCAACACAAGGAUUAAUAACAAGAGCUUACACGGAUGAACUUUGGAACAUGGCACUUUCCAAGAUUAUUGCUGUCCUUAGAACUCAUUCGUCCUACUGCACUGACCCUGAUCUUGUUCUGGAGCUGAAGAAUCUGAUAGUUGUCUUUGCGGAUACUUUGCAGGGUUAUGGUUUCCCCGUCAACAGACUAUUCGAUCUUUUAUUUGAAAUAAGAGACCAGUAUAAUGAGACGCUUCUUAAAAAAUGGGCUACAUUGUUCAGGGAUAUUUUUGAAGCGGAUAAUUACAGUCCAAUUCCUGUAUCAAAUGAGGAAGAGUACAAACUUGUGAUUAGUAAAUUUCCUUUUCAAGAUCCAGAACUUGACAAGCACCGUUUUCCAAAGAAACUUCCAAUGUCACAGUCAGUGCCUCAGAUUUAUAUCCAGGUUAAAGAAUUUAUUUAUGCAAGCCUUAAAUUUUCAGAGUCACUUCAUCGGAGUUCAACAGAGAUAGAUGACAUGCUUAGAAAAUCUACAAAUUUAUUGUUGACUAGAACUUUAAGCAGUUGUUUGCAAAACCUCAUUAAGAAACCUCACAUAGGUUUGACAGAGCUGGUGCAAAUUAUCAUAAAUACAACGCAUUUGGAACAAGCAUGUAAAUAUCUUGAAGACUUUAUAACUAACAUUACAAAUAUUUCCCAAGAAACUCUCCACACAGCAAGACUAUAUGGUCUUUCAACAUUUAAGGAUGCAAGACAUGCUGCUGAAGGGGAGAUUUAUACAAAACUUAACCAGAAAAUCGAUGAAUUUAUCCAGCUUGCUGACUAUGAUUGGACAAUGAUUGAGCCUGAUGGAAGAGCUAGUGGCUAUUUAAUGGAUCUAAUUAAUUUCUUAAGAAGCACCUUUCAGGUUUUUACUCAUUUGCCUAAUAACAACAAUGACUAUGCAGCCAUGUCGGGAAAAGUAGCUCAGACUGCUUGUAUGUCUGCUUGCCAGCAUCUCUCAACCUCCCUGAUGCAGAUGCUGUUGGAUAGUGACUUGAAACAGAUCAGCAUGGGAGCUAUUCAGCAAUUUAAUUUAGAUGUCAUACAGUGUGAAUUGUUUGCAAGUUCUGAGCCUGUACCUGGAUUCCAUGGAGAAACCUUGCAAUUAGCAUUCAUUGACCUCAGACAACAAUCACAAUAGUGAUUGGUCUCAUUCAAGACAAUGACGAAUCUGCAUAUAGACGAGUGAUUGAAUGACUAAGCCUUGUGGUGCGACCGAAACAAUCUGGAACUGAACACACUCAAAACCGUAGAAAUGGUGGUAGACUUUAGGAGAAACCUUUCCAUACUUCCACCUCUCACAAUACUAGACAACACAGUAUCAACAGUAGAAACCUUUAAAUUUCUAGGUUCUAUCAUAUCGCAAGAUCUAAAAUGGACAGCUAACAUCAAAAACAUCAUCAAAAAAGGACAACAAGAAUGUUCUUUCUGCGCCAACUCAGUAAGCUCAAACUGCCCAAGGAGCUGCUGAUUCAGUUCUACAGAGGAAUUAUUGAGUCUGUCAUUUGCACCUCUAUAACUGUCUGGUUCGGUUCUGCAACCCAACAAGAAAGACACAGACUUCAGAGGAUAAUUAGAACUGCAGAAAAAAUAAUUGCUACCAACCUGCCUUCCAUUGAGGACCUGU